GCCCAAACCAUUGUGGGAUUCCGCGAUCCACCCUCACCCAUGUGAUGCCAACACUGAUGCUCAGGGUGGCAUCAGAGCUCGGCUCUGUCCUGGCAGCCCGGACCUUCCCACGACCCAGCUCCUAUUCCAAGGGCUCGUCCAUCUAUUUAAAGCACACGGAGAAGGGGAAAAAUGCACUGGGAGCAGCGUCGCGCGUGCGCGGGGGAGACGGCGCCAAAUAUUCCGUCUGCUUUAGAGGCCGAUGGCCAGGGAUCCCACGGCUCCUCAGUCCGGUUGUUUUCCUUCCCCGUUUUAGCAAGACGUGCCUGCAAACUCUCGGACCCUAUUAGGGGUUAGAAAACCGUCUGCCGGGUUGAGGGAGUAAAUCAAGCCCUUGAAAAACAGCAGCCAAAAAAAAAAAAAAAAAAAAAAAAGCAGGAGCGGGGCGAGUUUUUCCCGUAGAAAAGCGUCACCAGCCAGAGCAGCCGAAACUUUGGGAUGGGAGCUCGGAGCCGGCCGUGCCGGGGGGAAGGGGAAGACAGCGAGGGACCAACAAACAACCGGGAGCCGAACCACGCUACAGGAAGCCGUGGCCUCCGGUGAUAAAUAGGAGACCCGGGAGCACAGGAUGCGCGUAGGGUGAGCUCGGCGGGAUGAGGGGAUGUGAGCCGGCGUUGCCGAGUCCCUGUGUCCGUGUGUCCGUCCGUCCAGCCGGAGGGAUGGCCUGGAUGCUGCUGCUGCUGCUGUUGGCGCUGGCGGUGCCGGGCUCUGGCGGGCAGGAGGCGGAGGUGGUGUGCGCCGACAGCGCCUGCUACACCCUGCACCGGGAUGAGCUGGACUGGAAGGGCGCCCAGGAGCGCUGCCGGCACAACGGCGGCAACCUGGCCAGCGUGGGCAGCCCCGGCGAGGCCGCGCGGCUGCGGGAGCUGCUGGAGGCGGCCGGGGGGCACGGCCCGGCCUGGAUCGGGCUGUGGCUGCAGCGGGGGCACUGCGUCCAGCCGCAGGAGCCGCUGCGGGGAUUCUCCUGGGUGGCCGGAGGGACGCCCGGCAACUUCUCGGCGUGGGCGUCGGAGCCGUCGAUGACCUGCACGAGCGCCCGCUGUGCCAGCCUGCGGCCCCACGGCCCCCACGGCCCCGCCGGCUGGGCCGACCGGCCCUGCCGCCUCCCGCUGCCCGCCUUCCUCUGCAAGUUCAGCUUCCAGGGAAUGUGCGGCCUCCUGCCGCUGGCCGGGCCCGGCCGGGUCACCUACGGCACCCCCUUCGGGGUGCGCAGCUCCCGGCUGGCGGCCGCGCCCUUCGGCACCUUGGCGGAGGUGGAUUGCGAGGGGGGCCAGAGCCCGGCCUUCGCCCUCUGCAAGGGGACGCUGGACGGGGGGGGCUUCGCCUGGGACCCCCCCGGGCCCCUGUGCCCCGUGGCCUGCGCCCACCGCAACGGGGGCUGCCAGCACCGCUGCCUGGAGGUGCCCGGGGAGCCCCCGCGCUGCUCCUGCCACGCCGGCUACUCCCUGGCCGCUGACAUGGCCUCCUGCGUGCCCGAGGAUUCCUGCCAUCCCAACCCCUGCCAGGGCACCUGCCGGGCCCACCUGGGUGGCUUCGAGUGCGGCUGCGAGGCCGGAUACACCCUGGCCCCCGACGGCCGGAGCUGCCUGGAUGUGGAUGAGUGCCUGUCCGGGCCGUGCCAGCACCAGUGCCACAACACCCCCGGCUCCUUCCGCUGCGCCUGCCGGCCCGGCUACCAGCGCCAGCCGGGCGGCGAUUCCUGCCUGGAUGUGGAUGAGUGCCUGCGGGAUCCCUGCCCCGGGCCCUGCCGCAACUUGCCCGGGGGCUACGAGUGCGUGUGCCCGCCCGGCUUCCUCCCGGAGGAGGAGAGACCCGGCUGCCGCGCCGCAGCCACCGCCGGAGAGGAGCCCGCCGAGGAGGUCCCCGACGGCCCGGAGGGCACCGCGAGCAUCCCAGCGAGCACGGGCGCCCCGUGGACCGCGAGAACCCCGCGGAGCACGGGCGCCCCGCGGACCACGAGCAUCCCGCGGACUCCGGGAGUGCCCGCCGGGGUGACGCCGGUGGCCCCCACGGCGGAGGGAGCGGCCCCCGGCCCCGACGAGCACAGCGCCGACGGCCCGCGGCUGCUCCUCUAUUACAUCCUGGGAAGCCUGGUGGCCAUCCUGCUCCUGCUGGCCUUCGCCCUGGCCCUCGUGGCUUGCAGGAGGAGGGCCGCCAAGAAGGAGAAGCGGCCGGCCAAGAGCGCGGCGGAUAAUUAUUGCUGGGUGCCCGAGCAGCCCGAGAGCCGCGGGCAGGGCGGGGAGCGCAGGUAGGAGGGAGGCGGGGAGCGCGGGGGGGUCGAAAGUGGAAAUAAAAGGGAGGGGGGAUGCUGUGUGUUCAGUGUGAGUCCGUGCGGUGCUGUCCUGCCGCUCCAAGGGAAGAGUUAACCGGGGGGAGGAGGAGGAAUGGGGUGGGAUUUGCCUGCCAGGGCUUCUCCUCGACUCUUCGGGACCUCGCCGUGCUCCAAAAAGGCAAAUUAACAGCUGUGGUUCGGACUCCUAAAGGAAAACAGUUCGUUUCAAGUUCUCCUGCAGCCCUUCCCCACCCUGUCCUUUGCCAUCCCCAAAGCAUUGUUCCCCCCCCCCUUCCACUCACGGCUGCAUUCCACCCUUGGAUUUGCUUUGUUCUCUUGGAAAAGGGCUUGAAAUUCGGAUGUGUCUCACGGGGAGGUGAGAACUGGCCCCUGCAGACACAAACAGGGUGGGUUUGAAUGUUUUAUUUUGGGGUUUUUAUUAAAAAUCUGUCACCUCAGCACUGGGAAAACUGCUCAGCAAGGGGCCAAGGCAGCACCUGUACUGCUAAAAAAGGUAGGAAAAGCUGUGUUUGGAAGAGCCACCUACCCAUUUCCAGUGUAUCCUGCCUAAGUCCACUUGCAAAACACAGCAAACAAUGCUCUCCUUCGCAGCAACCGGAUGGGAGGCCGGACUUUUCCUGUUGGAUUAUUCUUUUUGGGUAGGAUCCCUUUCCUGGCUGCUUGGGCUCCGGGCUGAGCGUGUUUUCCCUCCCUCCCUGCAUAAGGAGCACGCUGGAUGUUGGAUAUCUGCUCUUUGUUAUGUGUCAAACUUGUAACUCCACCACAGCAAAUGCUUUCUCAGGGCACAGGUGCUCCCCAGGUACUUCCCCAGCUCCGUGGAGCCCCUCCUGACAACCAAGCCUCUUCCCAGCCGUUUCAUCAGGAAUCCUUCCCAAAAUCCCGAGGGGCACAGGGACCUGCUUCCCAUCCCAUCCCAUCCCAGCAGUGUUCCUUCCUGGUUUAUCCGUGCUCUGCGGGGGCAAAAAGGUGCUAGAAAAGAACAGACAUGUGAUUUUAAGGGUACAGCAGCUUCCUGAAGUUUCUGCUGGGUUCAUUGUCCUUGAGGCUUAAUUGCUCCAGGAGUGGGAAUUGAACACAAAGGAGUUUGCAGUAGGCAGCGACCUGCAUCCUGUUCUUCCAAGCAUGGAGGAAAACCCUUUCCUGCUGUUAUUUUUUUUCGUCUUUGGGGCUCCAUUGUGAGAUGAAAACACAGCACAGGAAAAAUGUAGCUGAUAGGAAUGUUUUCCAUGUUCUGUCUGUGCUUUCUUUUCUCUGCACGGGCGGCUGGAGAAGGGGGAGAAGGCAGCGGUGGGAUUCUUAGAAAUCCUACAGAAAAUCCCUCCCCUGUCUGUGUUCUCCAAGCCAGGCACCGAACAAAUUAGGCAGAUUAAUUACCCCAUCAAAAUCAGGGAGACAGCCAACAUACAUCAAAUCAUGCCGACUCGGGGAUCUGUGGGAAAAGACAGCCUUAAUUUUUAUUGAGGUGUCCACGAAUUGUUGGCUAUAGCAGCAUAAACAAGAGAAAAGGAAGCACAGGGGUGGGACCAGAGCUGGUACAAACCCGAGGUGUGUUAUUUAUUCCAGAAAAAACGGUAAUCCCGAUUCCUGUUACGACCUCUGUGUAUUCCAGUGGAAUACAGAGGAGGGUCCGGCCUUGGGAAGACACUGAUUUGUGCUGGGCUUUAGUCUGGGUUCUCUCUGGUGGACUAUUCCCUGAUGUGCAAUUCCACACCUGGAUGAUCUCACGGCUCCCUUUCUUCCUGCCACAAACCCAGCAGGACCAUUUUGGAUCCGUGUGCUCCUUAGGGAGUUGUCCAGGGACCAGUGAAUCCCACGGGAAAAGCUAAUAGGAAUGGGACUGGAUAGUUUGGGGCCCUGUCUUACAGAGGAUACAGGACAUUCAUCCUGGUCCAAGGUUUUUUUUCUCAUGGAGGUGAGUGUUUUAUUUUCCUGGGCUGGAAUCAAACACUUGGACUCAAAGGAUAAGGUUUUCCCACCUGUGGAAUAAGGCUGUAAGUUGCUUUCCAGAUGAAACACCAAUAAAACCUGAACAGAAA